UCGAUCACCCAUCCCUCAUAUUGAUCUUUUUUUUUUUUUUGAAAAUUCGACCGAAAAGGUGAUGCCCUAUUGGUUGUCAUGCUACGUAGGAGGUAGAGGUCGUAAGGGUCCGAGUGAUGCGGAUAAGAGGUACAACAACAGGUCGAAACUGUAUCGCGACAAGCUGCGGGCUCUCGACUGGGUCGGUGUGGCCGGCAAGGCCGGGUGCGGCGCUGCUGUGUUUCUGACGGAAGACGAAGGGGCGACCUGGUACUGUUGUGGUGGCAUCAUCAGGUCUGAAAUUGACAAGGCCACGGCGGAGAAGGGCAAGGUCGACGAGCGAGAAUUGAGGAAGUUCUUCCUCACUUCGGUGUACGAUGAGCAGGGUACUGACUGGGUCAAGACUGACCACAAGGCGAGCCUCGACCUCGCUCUAUUCAAGGGGUAUGGUCAGAAGGUAUUCGCUAUGAAAGCCUUUGGCAGCAAGCGAGAUGGGAAUGUGUUGAGGAUGCUCUUACCCAUUGAAUUCCUCGGCAUGACCAACGGUUAUAGGAAAAGUGGUCAAUUCCCGACGGUCGCCGCUGGUCACCAACUCACGUUACCUAUUGUCCCGUUCGACGAUCCUGCCGAAAGUCUCGCAGGCUUAUCAGUGGCACAUCCAGGUGAAGGCUUUUGCGACGUGAAUGAGCUGUGGCAAAGUGGUGGAGGUGCCGAAGCUCGGGUGAGGGCCGAUGUAGAACACGACAAGGAUGAAGGGGAGUGUGGUAGUGGCGAGCGGCGAGAACACGUUCGAGGAGCUGUUGACCACAUGGAGUGGGAAAAGGUUGAGGUGAGCGGUGGGGUGGGCGGUGGCAGUGUGAGUGGUUCGGAAAUGGAAGACGAGGAAUUGGAAGACGAAGGAGGAGAUGCCGGUGUUUCCGCGGGGCUAACUUCCAAGAGGAAGGGAAAACGCACAGCGCAAUCGUCGCCGACGCCAGCUGCGCCUAAGAAGCAGUCUCGAAGGAAAGUUAUGGACGAAGCUCGGGUCGCCUUGGAUGCAUCUCAAGGAAAGCUUGGUGAAGCCGAUGUGAAAUGCAAAUCAAGUGCUCGGGUUCGCAAAACGUCACAACCCAGGAGGCCCGUGCGGCCAUCAAGGCGCCAGAAAUCGGACGACUCCAGCGACGAUGCUGAAGGGGUGGCCCCUCGAUUGCUCCCCCUCCCUGACGACGACGAGCAGGAGACGAAGAAACCCAGUGUGGUCAAUAUGACGCAGUGCUUCUUCCUCGAGUAUGACGACGACGGCAAAAAGAGAAGAGACCCGCCGAGGGUGGUCAUUGACGUCGUGCAAAUUCUUCCAAUUCCCAUGGGAGAUAUCGCCUUCAAUCAGCGAUCGCUGAACCCGGUCAUCGUUGCAGGCAUCGAAGCGGCAAUUGAUGCAUCAACUCGUCCAAGGUCAGAGGAUGAUCCGGCUCCAUGGGAUCCACCGGAGUUGGUGCUGGCUCCGAUUACGCCAUCAAUGGACGAGAACAGCCAAGGGAUACGCGUCCUUCCACAGGACUUCGAUCCCGAUAGGGCAGAUGAGUAUUUCAAUUACCCGGUUGCCGACCAACAUACUUCCGAAGCUAUGAAAAGAGCAGUGGCGAAGAAAUCUGCAGUAGUGGAGGUGUUCGACUUUCAGAAUUAUGAUCGUGUGCGGAUCAUUUAUUUCGACGACGACCAUACGAACGGGUACGCGUAUGUUUCGAUAUACGGCACCAUGAGAGCUGACCGUGCUAUGUUGCCGUCGUUCCACCAAGCCUGGGAGGACAUCAGAGGAUUUUGGGACUCUAAAAAACGGAUCGGCCCUGUGGGGAACGUGUCCAAAGGGAAUCCCGCCGGUUUGACGCACCAGGAAAAGUGGAGGAAAUUUUUGAGGGCGUGCAUGGGGAAGUCAUGUGAGAAAUCACUGUGAACCGAGUGUUUGGCUCCGAAGUGGCAACAGGACUGGACGAACAGAAUGAGGGGAUACAUGAAUGUCGCCACAUGCAAGGACAGGAUAUGGACAUUGGUAAAGGAGUUUUUUCUGAAGUUCGAGGCGGGGGAGUUGCCGCUACACGACAACAAAUGCCCAAUUGACUU